AUGAUUCCGCGAGACCAACGCCGCCGGAGCCCCGAGAGGGAGCGCCGCCGACGCGCUGACCGCCGCCAGUCCAGAGAACAGCUCGCCGCUGCCGCCCUCGCCGCCGCCGCCGUCGGCCAAACUGCUGCCAAAACUGCCGGCCCCUCCUCCACCCACCGAUCCCGCGCCAACUCCAGCACUUCCUCUUCCGCCGUCACCUCCUCCGACGAAGACAGCGCCCCCAAAAACACGGGAUGGGGCUUCCGCUCCUUCUUUUCCUUGGCAUCCUCCAAGAAAGUGCGGAAGCGCCGAUCCUUUCGAAAGAAGAACUACUCCUCGUCCUCCAUCGACAGCAACCUGGCCUAUGGCGGGUACCAAUCCAGGUCGUCCCUCGAGUCGCAAAGAGGCGCCAGGAGAAGGAGCGGACCCCAGAGGAAGAUUAGCCAGACCUAUUCCCAACACUCCCACCACGACAAGGAGUAUCAACAACACAACCAGGAUCAGUACAGGGAUCAUCCACAGUACGAGCAGCCUCAGCAUGAAUACCAGCGCCCAGAAUAUGUACCCCAGGACCAGUAUGCGCACUCGGACCAGACCACACCACGACCAGGCCAACCCACACAGCACCCACAUGCGCAGCCCGAGCCAUAUUAUCGACACCAGCAUCAGCAAUACCACCAGCAGCAACCUCAUGCCUAUCAGCACCCUGCGCAGCACUACCAUGGCCAGCCCGAAUAUGAUCCAGAGCUCUUUACGCCCGAUGGCCGACCCAACUUGGCGCGAACAACGACCGACCAAGAGAUUAUCGAACUUGGGCGCAAGAUCUCUGACCUUGCUAGGGCUUCCAACCUCCGUGACCUGGAAAGGGCUGGCAAGCAACGUCCAUCCCAGCUGGUAGGUGCCGCAACCGCCAUCUCCAACUUUCGUCGCCAGAAUCCGAGGAGGAAUGGACGCCGCGGUCUUGCUCCUUCCAAGUCCUCCAAGCGCGAUGAGCAGAGUGACGACGAUCAGGGCUGGGACACGGCUUCGGACUCGGACUCGGACUCGGACUCGGGUGACAACGCGGAAGAGGCCAGCGCUAGUGACUCUGACCUUGCCUAUGGUUCAUCACCUCAAUACUCGGACGAGAAGCUGUCUUCUUCCCCGGCCCCGGUUGCCGCGCCUCCACCCCCGACCAUCAGCCCUCAAAAACCCUAUAUCAGGAACAAGGCCAUCGAUCCCUCCAAGUUUGGUCCCGUCAACUCCUUGCACGGUCUUGUGACUCCCCUGAAUGGGUUCCGACCGACUGAAGAUGUGCUUCCACCCCGUCAGUCAAAGCCCUGGCUUAGCAGAUUCGAGAACGAUCCUCUUCCGAAUUACCCUACCCCGACAGACGAACUCGAUACACCGACGCAGAUGCACUACCCGAUCGCUACCCCGGAUCCCCGCAGAUUCGAUGCUGUCACCAGUCCAACUCUGGUAUCCGGCUCACCUCUGAUCACAUCACGACCCGUCACUGUUGCCAUCCAGGCCCCCAAGCCCCGUGUUCCGGUCUCGACACGCGCUCUGGAGGAACACCCCAUGCCGCGCCAGAGAUCCGCCGAUGGUAGGCUUAUGGCGGUCGACUCUGCCUUGGCCAAGUCCAUUGGGAAUGCAGCUGAUAAACAUGAAGUAAUACGAGAUGAUACGCCACCUUCCAACUACCGACAACAUCGCUCGCGUGCUCAGAGCAAUGGAUCUGCUCAUCCGUCUCAUACUUCUCACCACUCUCACGCCCAGUCGCAUACUUCUCGUACUUCCCACACCUCUCACGUUCCAGUCCAUGUCCAAGUACCGCUUCCUACGACCCAUGACCUUGAGUUCGACGAUUGGCACGACUUUGAAGACCGCAACACCCGCCUAGCCUCCGAUGCUCCCCAGUUUACCGAUCCAGCUGCUGCCGGCGUUGCCGCAACACUCAUCGGAACUGCCCUUUUCCAGGACCGAUACCGACGAGAUGACGAGGAGGAUCGCAACCUGGACCCCAACCACGUUCUGGCCGAGUACAAGCAACGUGUACAACAGGAGGAAGAGCAGCGUCGGAAAGCCGAGGAGGCUGAGAGGGAGCGUCUUGAGAAGGAACGCCACGAGCGGGAGGCCCGUGCUGCCGCCGCCAUCAAGCGGGAACGUGAAGCGCGCGAGGCUCAGGAGGCUGCUGAACGGGAGGCUCGCGAGAAGAAGGAGGCAGAGGAGCGUGCCGCUGCUGUUGCUCUUGAAAUCGCCGCGCAGAGGCAGCGCGAAGAGCGAGAAGCGCGUGAGGCCCUUGAAAAGAUGGAAAGGGAGGCUGAAGAGCGCGCUGCUGCUGCCGCUGCCGCUCAACGAGAACUUGAAGCUCUUGAGAAGGCUCGCCGCGAAUCUCACGAACGCGAAGUUCAGGAGGCCAUUGAGAAGGCCCGCCGCGAAGCUCAGGAACGCGAAGUUCAGGAAGCCAUUGACAAGGCCCGCCGCGAAGCGUUGGAACGCGACGCAGCUGCUGCUGAGCGAGAACGUCAAGAGCGCGAGCAUCUCGAGAAAGUUCGUCGUGAGGCGGAGGAUCUUGCUAUUGCUGCCCGGCGAGAGCUCGAGACCCGUGAAACUGCGCUUGAGGCUGUUGCCAAGGAGGCUAGGCGUCUCCGUGACGAAGCCGAUUACCGUGAGCAGUACGAACGUCGUGUCCGAGAGGCUCGUGAAAUGCAGUACAAGGAGGAGCGCCGGAUGUAUGAUGCUCGAUAUCGCGCUGAUCGGGAGAACAUGAUUAUCGAUGUUGAGCCUCGGCGCCGCAGCACUAGCCGGCAGACGAGGGAUGAGUCGCCCGAGGAAAAGCGCUCCAAUGCAGGUAAGGAGACGGAACGAGAUGAGCAUCACCGUCCCAAGCGUGAACCUGUUACCAUCAUCAACGAGCGCGACGUUCCGAAAGACGAGCCCAAGCCCAAGGUCGAAGAGCCCACCCGAUCCGUCUCGGAGAAGAAGCGAGAGAGUAUGGGCGACACUCUGGACCCGAAGCCCAAGAAGCCCAGCAAGGAGGAGAGACGUGCUAAGCGCGCCGAGACCCUCCGACUCCUCGCCGAAAUGCAAAGGGAACUCGAACUCGAAAAGGAACGGGCAAGGAAGUUGGCCGAGCUUGAAGCUGCCGAGCAACGGCAAGAGAAGCCCAAGGACGAGGAACCUCGCAAGUCCAGCCAACCAGUUGUGCCGGAGCUUUCGAAAUCCCCCAAGGACCAGGUUAGUCACGACUCCAAGGCAGCGCCAGCUCCAGGACCAUCCCCCUCGAAGUCUCCCAAAGGCGUAAUUGACCCAUUUCAAUUUCAGGUUCCGGAUGAUGCUUUCGCUACGCCGGUUCAUGCUACCCCGGCUAGGCCACUAACUCCCCAGGUCUACACGGUUCCCGAGCCUGAUUUCUCGCCUCCAAAGCGCCGUCAACUAACCCGUGCACUAACCGAUGCGGAACUUGAAAUUCGUGAGAGGGUAACUCGUCGUGACUCGUUCGAGAUCCAGCAGCGUCAAGAAGAGAUCCGUAGGAGCAGGAAUGCAUCGGAGCAGCCAACCACCAAAGAUGCCGACAAAGCGACCAUUCCCGAGACUGACAAGGAGACGUUGAUGGCAGAGGAACCUGAACGUGAGCGGAGCCGAAGCCAUAACCGUGCGGGAAGCCGUGUUCGCGAAUCCGAGCCACUACGUGACGCGAACGAAGAGCCUGAGCGUACUCGUAGCUGGAGCCGUCAAUCCAGUCACGUUCGCGAAGCGGAACCAACGCCAGAUCCGCAGACUGAAGCCAACAAGUGGUAUCGUGACUACGUUUCCAGCCGGCGGGAGGAACGCUUGCGCAGCAGCUCGCCUAGCCGAUCAGUUGUGGAUAAGUAUGACGAUUCAGUGUUUGGACCGCCCACACCUGUCAUCGUCACAGCGGAACCAACGAUCAUCACGGCCGAACCUAGUUGGGCCACAGCUGAGCCUGCCGAUGAUGGAAAACCCAAGAAGGGCAAGUACGCCGAGCCCGAUGCCGAUGUGAGGAUCGAUCAUGUCAUCUUGCCACGAGACUUGCACAGGUUCCUCAAACCGGCAGAGGAUCAUUCCAGCCUUCAUGCGCCCACCGGUCAGCCAAUGUUUAGUUCGAGAGAUCCAUCGUGUGAGAGGGAGAGGCCCUUGCUGAAUCUAGUGCUACCCACACCGGCGCCGACUCCUACUCCUGAACGUGAACGCAGAGAGCGCGCAAGACAAGCUGCCCGCGAGUCCGAGGUGGAGCUUGAGGAAUCCAGGCUGGCUCCCGUUGCUGCAGAGGAAUCGAAGAAGCCAAACUACAUCCUCAACGCCCGCGGUGAAAUCGAAAUCAUCGCCCCAACCCCCAAGGAUGAAGACACGGAGUCUGUCAAGUCAGAUGGGUGGGUGGAGCCCGUGGCUGAUACCGGGUUGACGCAUGUUGUUGUGGACAGGUCGAGACAAGCGGCCGUGGAAGCGAUCAAGCGCGCCCUACAGCCUAAGAGGGAAAGAAAGGCGAGCAUUGCUUGGGGAACGCUUGCCGGUGCGGUGCUUCAGAAGGUCGCUGAGGAUAGGAAGGCCGCCGCUGAGCAGAAGGCCGAGGUCCCGGCUGCGGAGGAGAAGAGCCUUGCUCCCGAAGUUGAGGAAAGGGUUGAGGUGGUUCUUCCGGCUCCAGUUGUUGAGGCGCCGAUUGUUGAAGAGAAGCAGCCUGAAGAGCAGAAAUCGCGGGAGAUCGAGCCCGAGACAAAGCCGGCUGACGUUGCUGCACCAACAAAGACCGAGGUGCAGCCGGACGUUGAACUACCCCGCCAAUCCCCGCAUCCCGAUCCGGAGCCGCAUCUGGAGCCGCACCAUGAGGCGACUCCGGUUCCUGCCAUUACCAUUGACGAACCGGAGAGCCCGAAAGCGACUGAAGAGCCCAAGUAUGAAGAGAUCAAAGAGGAGCUCAAGGAGGAGGAGGAGGAGCAGAGUGCGCUUACCGAGGGAGAAUCCCACGAAGAGAAAGGAGAUGAGGCUACGCGUCAGAUUGUCGAUGAGUCCGCAAGUGACCCCAUUAAACCCAAGCGCAAGCUUCCGAAAAGCCUCGCAGAGCCAUCAAUCUUCUCUCCUUACCGUCCCACCUUCUCCGAUAACUUUGCCGAUGUGGUUUGCGGCGAACACCCCAACCCCGAGCCUCAUGCCGACACCUAUACUUGGCGCCGUGAGGCCAUGGCAACUCAAUCCUCCAUAGGCGACGAGUGGGAGUCCAUUCUGCGAAAAGCGGAAAUUGGUGAGGACGAAACCACGACGAACCCAACGGAGACAUUCAACCCGGACAACCGAGAGCCGCCAGAUCGGUUGAACAAGGAGUUUUCGUUCGAGGUUGUGGAACACGAGAACUCGCAGACCAAUCCUUCGGAUGAAAGUGAGAGGGAAAGCAAGAAGAUCAGUACCGAGCAAAAUGGUGUUUCAGACCGCCGACCCAGCAAUGAGUUUAUUGAAUUUUUGAAGAAUCAGACCAAUAACUCGGCAUCGGACCGCAAGCAUGAGCACAUCAUUGCCACCACCGAGAUGAAGGGCAACAGCGAGGAUGAGUAUUUUUUAGGUAAUGCCGGCACCCAUGGCGCAGGUGCCGGCUCGGCUGAGGAUUCUGAGGCUGCGACCGCUUCUGACAGCAAAGACGCGGAGGCCCAGAAUCUCCCUCGCCCAAAUGCCACCCAGGCCUCCAUGGAUAGUAUCCCCGUUGCUGAAUCUGAGAAGGAGGAGGAGAAAUCACACGGUAGCAAUGCCGGUUCGGACAGUGCCCCCAAGCCGACCCAACUGCGAAACACGGAUUCUCGGUUUAUCGACCCUGAAGUCCUUGUCCACAGACCAUUCACCCCAGCCAUCGACCCUCAAUAUGGUGAUCUUCUUCCUUUGCCUCCUUACCCUACUCUCACGGGGCCUGGGUACCGCUACCUUGCAGACUUGCCCUCGCCGCUUGACUUUGAUCUCGAACAGCUUCCCGCACUGCCGGAAAGCAGACCCUCUACGCCACCACCUACGUCUGGCUCUCCAGGCAACGCAUUCAAGGCCGCCGUAGCAGCAAUGAUGGGCACCCAAUCCCUGAUCAGGAGACAGAGGGGUCACACUCGCAGCCGUAGUGCGCUGGAUGGGACCGCCCCAGUGAGAGUACCAAGCCAGACCGCCGUCCCUAUCCAGUUCCGUCUGAAGGGGAAGAAGAGGGCAGGGUCGGUGCACUCACUUCCACCUUCUGAGGCCUGGGGGCAGUCACCCGCUUCAAGGCCAUCUAGUGCUCAUGGUGACGCCGCUGCUGCUUCCGAUGGGACAACAUUCCCGGUCAGGAGCAGGCCGAGACCGACCAGUUGGGAGGGUUCGAUGAGGGAGAUUAAACCUUUGUAUCUUGUUGAGCGAAACGCUGCUACUGCUGCUGCUGCUGUGUUGGCGCCGGCUGUUGAUACCGAGGAGGCUCUUCCUCCCCCGGAGAGCUUUGAGUUGCCGGAGGAUGAUGAUUUGGACUUGUUGCCUGCUUUGCCGGAGAGUGCGCCUGAGAGUGAUGCUGGCUCGCCUGUUGUUGCGCCCCGGACUGAGAGUCUCGAAAGGGAUGUGCCAAGUGAGGAUGAGGAUGAAGCGGUUCUUCCUGCUUCGGAAGCUACUCCCACUCCAGAGACUGUCAGACUUCCGGUUGAUGAGGACUUGGAUCUCCUCCCGGCCCUUCCUGAGAGUGAUGCUGGUUCACCUAAUGUCACCCCCGUGAAUCUGUCAACCGAUCUACCUGUUGAUGAGGAUCUCAAGCAGGUUGAAGUCCCCAGCCCGGUUUCAACUGAGAAGGCUCUUCCUGCUCCUGAGACUGUCGAGCUCCCGGUUGAUGAGGAUCUGGAUCUGUUACCGGCUUUGCCUGAGUCCCCGACAACCGAGUCUGCUGUGCCUGUCUCCUUGCCGGCGGUUGCUCCAGAGGUUGUUGAGGAGGUUCCGGCUGCUCAGACCCCUCAGGUGGUCGAGGCUCCCGAGGAGUUUGAGAUCCCUGCUCCGGAAACCGUCAAGCUCCCCGUCGAUGAAGACUUGGAUCUCCUUCCAGCUCUACCGGAGAGUGGCCUUUCUUCGCCUACUCUUCGUGAACCUGCCUCACCUGUUUCCGUUGGUGAGGAUGAUGCUCUCUCAACUCCCGCUGAGGACGUUCCUCCUGUCCCGACGAUUGUCAACCUUCCAGAGGACAUCAAGCUUCCCGCUGAUGAGGAUUUGGACCUCCUCCCUGCAUUGCCUGAUAGCGUUGCUUCGUCUCCUACUACUGAGACUGUGCCCGUCUCUCUGCCGAUCUCGGCUCCAGAGGUUGCUCAGGACACGGAGGAGAUGCCGGAGGCCGUUAUUGAAGUACCAACUACCGUAGUCAAGGAAACUCUGGCUCCGGAGGCUCUUAGACUUCCUGUUGAUGAGGAUCUUGAUCUUCUGCCUGCCCUUCCGGACAGCCUUGCUACUUCCCCAACAACCGAGACUAUGCCAUCCCAGCCUUUCGUGGAGGAAGUAGUUGAGGAGACAUCGAAGGCCGUUGAGCGUGAGGUUCCAGUUCCGGAAAACAUCAAGCUCCCACUCGAUGAAGACCUUGAUCUCCUUCCGGCUCUACCAGACAGCAUCGCUACCUCUCCAACAACAGAGACUAUGCCAUCUUUGCCUAUCUUGGCCCCUGAAGCUACAGAUGCGCCGAAGGAAAUUGAGGUCGCUCCCGAAACUGUCACACUCCCUGCUGACGAGGAUCUCGAUCUCCUCCCGGCUUUACCUGCAAGUGGCAAUACUUCUCCGGAGAGAAGCACUUCGCCCGUCCUCCUCGAGAAGGCCGCCUCGCCUGUCAUUAUUCCUGAGGCCGAGAAAGUAGCGCUUCCGGUUGACGAGGACUUGGACCUGCUUCCUGCGCUGCCUGAGAGUGGCCCUGCCUCACCCACGAAGGAACAUGCUUCGCUUGCUGCCUCGCCGGUCGUUGCUCCUGCCACUGAGAAGGAGAUCGAUAACGAGGUUGAGCUUGUUUCGGAAGUUAGCCGUGGGUUGGAGGUGCCUGAACCAGAGACUAUCUCAUUGCCUGUUGAUGAAGACUUGGAUCUCCUUCCUGCUCUUCCUGAGAGCGGGCCUGCUUCGCCUUCUAAGGAGCAUGCUUCGCUUGCUACUUGUCCUGUCGCUGCCCCUACGCUUCUCGAGGAGAUCGAGGCUGAAGUUGAACUCGUUCCCGCGGUUAAUAACGAGGUCGUUAAAGGACCGGUGCCUAUGCCUAAGCCUGAACCUGAGGCUAUCUCAUUGCCCGCGGACGAAGAUUUGGACCUCCUUCCUGCUCUUCCUGAGAGCGGGCCUGCCUCGCCAGCAUUGGAGCGAUCCGCUUCCCCAGCGAUGCCUGUGCUCGAGAAGGAGGAGGCUGUUCCUAAGGCCAUCUCAGAGGUCGUCCGUGAAGUUGUCCCUGAGCCUGAGAAUGUAGCACUUCCUGUGGACCAAGACUUGGAUUUGCUGCCUGCUCUUCCUGAGAGUGGACCUGCCUCGCCUAUUAAGGAACAUGCUUCGCUUACUACUUCGCCAAUCAUUGAAGCGGUCGUUGAGAAGGAAGCGGUUGUUGAAGAGGUGCAUGAGGUUAUCCCCGAACUCCUGCCACUCCCGGUUGAUCAAGACUUGGAUCUCCUACCUGCUCUUCCGGAGAGUGCUCCCGUCUCGCCUACCAAGGAGUACGACUCUCUCGCAACCUCGCCAAUUACUGAAGCGGUUAUUGAGAAGAAACACUUCGUUGAAGUUGUCCCUGAACUUCUGCCACUACCAGUUGAUCAAGACUUGGAUCUCCUUCCUGCUCUUCCGGAGAGUGCUCCUAUCUCGCCUACCAAGGAGUUUGCUUUCCCGGUUUCCUCUCCGACCGAAAUCCCUCAGGCUGUUCCUGACGUUGUCCCCGAGGAUAUUUCCAAGACUGUCCCAGAAGUUGUCCCUGAACUUCUGCCACUCCCGACCGACCAAGAUUUGGAUCUCCUCCCCGCUCUGCCUGAAAGUGGUCCCAGCUCUCCUGUGAAAGAAGAGUUCGCGGCACCAGUGGCCCAGCCGACGGAUAUUUCAGUCGACACAGAGGUUGAACAGUCUUCCAAGGACACGGAGGGUGUCUUGUCAAUUACUAUUCCCGAGCCUGAGUCCGUGCCACUUCCAGCUGAGUCCGAGGACGGUCUUUGGGCUUUGCCUUCGCUGCCUCAAAGUCGCACUGGCUCAGGAUACGCCUCGCCCGUCACUGCUGAUAUCCCGGCUGAAGUGGUUGAAGAAGUCUCAUCACCCGCCAAGGCUAUUGAAGAAACAUCCAAGCUGCCCAUCUCCGUCAACCCUGAGACUGUCCGCCUGCCAUCUGACGACGGUCUUUGGGCCUUGCCUUCCUUGCCUGUAAGCCAUGAGGGAUCGGGAUACGCUUCGCCAGUUGCGGCUAUGCCUACGCUGGGUGUAGAGCCGCCGAUGGAGGAUCUUGCGGAGUACUUCCCUGACCAUUACGAUCAACGAGUCGUCGAAGAAGUCUCGUCCAAGGAGCCUCUUGAGGUUGAGACGGAGUUGCCGCUUAAUUCCCUGCCUCAACUGCCCGCUGAUGAGGACCUCGACCUUCUGCCUGCCCUACCUGACAGCCGCGGCAGCUCUCCCGAACUGGCUGUUACUUUGCCAGUCGAGGAACACCAGGAGGUACCACAAGCUGAACAGUCUGAAAAGCAGCUUGACCUCUCCCAGCUUCCGGCUUUGCCUGUUGAUGAGGAUCUCGAACUUUUGCCUGGCCUUCCAGAGAGUAGGAACGAGUCGCCUGAGCCGCAAGUUGAGACUGUCCCGGCUGUCAUUCCCGAGCAAGCUGAGGAGAAGAAGGAGCAGGAGCAGGAGCAGGAUUUGUCCAAGUUGCCACCUCUGCCUGCUGAUGAGGAUUUGGAUGUCUUGCCUGCGCUGCCUGAGAGCAGAAACGAGUCGCCUGAACCUGAGGUCUCUCUACCCAUCAACACUCCUGAGCAGGCCGACCUGUCCAAGUUGCCAGCUCUGCCUGUCGAUGAGGACCUCGACAUCCUCCCUGCGCUCCCUGAAAGCAGAAACGAUUCUCCUGAGCCCCAACCUUCUUUGCCCAAGGCCAUCUCACCAGAGGUUCUCCCUCUUCCGGCUGACGAAGACUUGGAUCUUUUGCCUGAACUGCCGGAAAGCCGGGGUAGUAGUCCCGAUCAGGAGACUUCGCUUCCAGUGGCUGUACCUCAAUCCCCCAUCGCCGAGGAAGCUGUUAAGGAUGUCAAAAUCCCUGUCGCUGAAAAGGACCUCUCUUGCCUGCCAGCACUUCCCGUUGACGAAGAUCUCGAACUGCUUCCUGCCUUGCCUGACUCUCCUGCAGCUGACAACUUCCCCGAAGAGGAGGAGACGCAAACUACGUGGCAGCCCGAUGAGUUCACACAGCCCGCUUGGGAAGAGACACAACCUACUCAGAUGUCUGACAUCAGUGAAGAAGACUUCCCUGUUCCUGCCGUCAAGGGUGACGAGGUGUCUCGGGAUUUGGCUGACCUUCCAGCUUUGCCGGAAAGCAGAUCCAGCAGCCGUUCUGAGGACAUCGAGACGGCUCCUAGUCUUGAAGACCCUUCGGAACUCCCGCCACUGCCAGAAAGCAGGGAAGAUUCUCCUGAACCAAGGUCCCCGUUGCCUAAUCUUGGGGCCCAGCCAGCUACGGAGUCACUUGCCAAGCAGACUGCGCCCAGUCAACCCUGGAACGAGAGCGAGACUCAAGACGAACCCCUCCCGGCCUCCAAUGAACUCAUUGUAGGCCACGUCCGCCGCGACUCUUCCGAAGCCGCUCACCCAUCCGACAUCUACGAAAAGCCAUCCUCCCACAACCAGGCCAAGUCCCCCAUGCUUAUCGGCAACAAUGACCCCAACGAAAUUGACUACAAGCUAGCCGAGACCAUCUACGAGGACAUGUGCGACGAGGAUGACGCUUCUACGGUGGCUGCAUCAGACGCUCCCAGUUUCUUGUCCGGCGCCAAUGCGGAACAGAAGGAGCAGAUUGCCAAGGCCCUUGCGGGCGACUCCGAGGCUACUUCUAGCUUGAGCCCCGAGAGCUCCUUUAGGGUGUUGCAGUAUCUGAAGAAGAGAGAUGCGGCGAUGAAGCAGGGUCAAACGUAUGAGGAGCCCGAGGAGGUUGUGCCAGGCCCGUCGUCGCAGUAUGAGGACGAAGAGGAGCAAGUUCCACAGGAGAUUGAGGACGCACUGGAGUCUAUCGAAGAGCAGAGCAAGAAGGCCAAAGGAGUUUCGUUCGAAUCUUCGGAUACUCCAACCGAGAAGCCUGACGUUCCUGAAGACGUACCUGCCGAUCACACCACAUCCGACCAAAGCACGCCUCGCCAAGAGCUCAGGAUCGGCAUUCCAGGCCCAAGCUCCAGGGUAGCCAACCUCGAAGCGGUCAACGAUGAGAUCGAAAAUAUUCCUGAUGCCGAAGCCCAAAAAGAUGAACUUCCCAAGACUUCGACCGACAAAGACAAGCACACCGAGUCUCCAUCGAAUCAGGAGGAGUCCAGCGGUGAACCCCAGCCCGCCAAUACCACUCAAGAAGACUCCAUCCUCGGAGGCGGUCUCGUCGCUGAGCCUGAGCGUCAGCGGCCAAUGAGAGUAGCCAGCCCUGAAAACCAGUGGGGCACGCUUGGCGACCUGGACGACUUGGAUGACGAAGAUGACGACGAUGUCAGCGAAUAUUCGCCCGGCGGUACUAAUUUAAAGAGGCACUCGCUGACUAGACUGCCGACGUUCCCUGGUGUUACGGCUUUCUUGGGAAGGAACUUUAGGAGCAAUUCGGCCCCGAGCCCGUCGGAUGUGCCGGUGCAAGACGAGAGGGAUUAUUAUUCUAGUGAUGAGCGGGAGAUGCUUGGGGAGGAGCAGCAGCAGCAGCAGCAGGAGUUGUCAGGGGAUGAGUUGGAGAAGAGGUUGGAGAAGGUGAAGAUGGAGGAGGAGGUGGAGGAUGAGAGGACUGAGGAGGUUGAGGGUGCUGAUGAGUCACAGACCGGACUGGAGAAACCGGCGGAAACCAAACCGGAAUCUACAUUGGAGGGUGUCGAAGCUGAACCCAGCACAACUAAGAAGGGUAAGAAAAAUCAACAGAAGAAGAAGAAGAAUAAGGGAAAGGGCAAAGCCGACUUGGAGCCUGAGGUGCCAUUACCGACGACACAAGCUGACCUGGAGACAACACUAGCACCUGAAGCCGAAGAGCCCAAAGAACUGGAGCCAGAGGCUGAACCCGCAAGCAAGCCAAAGAAGAGUAAGAAGAAAAAGAACAAGAAAAACAAGAGCGCUGCUGCUAGCAUCCUCGAGGAACCAACCAUAUCUGACACAGCAAAACCCACAGAUGGACCCGGAUUCGACCGACACAGCACCUGGCCAAUGGUAAAGAGCGACGGUGCCCCAAGUGAAAAGAAAACAGCUCCGGAGAGUGAACCAAAAAUCCCGGCCCCCCAGGAAUCCAUCGACAAUGAAAACACUAUCCUCCCCGAGGAAAUACCUCUCCCAAGGAGCCGCGACCUCUCCCCCUGUGCCUCUGGGGAACCAACGGAGACUGCCGCCAUUGAGCGCGAAUCAGAGACAGAGACCCCCAUGACCAAACACGACGAGGCCACCAUUGCCGAUGGGAAGCAAACGACUACAAAUGAGUUGGAUGAAAACGGCUCUGUGACACCCACGCCCAAACAGCAUGUCUCUAAUGACCACCAAGGGAAACCACAGGGUGAUGCGGAACAAGGCGUCCAGACUGCCCCACCUGAGAGCAGCAACACCACUGAAUCUCUGACAAGUGGUGCUGAGCAGCCAAUCAACCCUCAAGCAGAUACUCCCAUGGAUAUGCAACCUGCAGAAGAUCCCGUUCCCGUCGAAGCCGCCUUGGAAGAUUCGGCGCAGCAAGGUGAAUCCCAGACCGAUGAUAACGACAAGCCUCAGGAGGAGCCAAAGAUAAAGGAGCAACUAGCUACAGUAUCGCCAGAUCUAGUCUCCCCGACAUCAGACACAUUCACGCCUAGAUUGCUGAGACGGUCAAAUCCCAAGAAGGAAAAGACCAAGGCCGGCAAGAUGUCCAACCCGGCGUCACCUACCAUGGGUGCAGGCUGGGGCAUUGCCAGCCCUCCCAGUAUGAGCUUAGACAAGGCCCUCGAAGCCGCUGACCCGUUCGCCGAUGGAGAGUUUGAACGGCGCAUGAGAACUGUCAGUGCGAACAGAGAAGCUGAGCGCUCAGCCAAGAUCGCCGAGAAAGAAAAACUCGAGCGGGCGCUCUUCUUGCAACGCAGGUCUACCUUUGACGUUGGCGAUUCACCGACAUCUUCGCACACCAGUGUUGUUGGCUCGACUCAUUCCUCCGGGGCCGCAGAGACUGGUUCCAAUGCAGAGGAGAGACCGAUUUAUGCGCUCAAGAGGGCCAGUACCGAUAGAGCUGAGAAAAAGAAGAAGCUGGCUGCCGAGAAGAAGAGGAGCAAGAAGUCGGAUUGGCCGGAUGCCUGGCCGGAGGAAUUUGAUGAAGAGGCUACGAUGCCACAGGAGCCUGGGCAUCCGAGCAUGUGGCCAGAGCUGCACGGGAGAGCGUCACCGAGCCCGAUUAGAGGGCGGUCCGGCUAUAGGACGCCGACGCCGCUUGGGCAGCACAUCGAGGUGGGCCGUGCAAGUGGACUGACUGGUGAUGAUUCUGCUGACCAUGUUGGUGUUUUACAGGAAACUGAUCGCAGGUUAUCAGCGGGGGGAAACUCAGUGGGUCCAGACUCAUCACGUUCACGAUACAACAACAUGUCUGAUCCUUUCACUACCGGCGGUGGACCUAAGGAUGUCCCUCCCCCUGAACCCAUCCCUGAGGUGCCUUCGAAACCCAUUCCUGAUGUUGGCUCCGAUACUGCCACCCCUACCUCGGAGGCCAACAAGGAGCUUGGUGGUACUGUGAGGGCCUCUGGCAAAAAGGGCCGCAAGAGAAGAAACUCGUCUCUAGCUGUCGCUACCGACAAGGAAGAGGACGUCGAUGCCAACAACUCUGAGGCUGAACAAGGUGACUUGGAUACUCAGCCCUCUGGCAGUGCGCCUGGCAAGAAGACCAGAAGGAACAGGAGAGGACGGAAGGGCAAAGACAAAUCAACGCCUUCCUCCCCUUCCGUUGAUACUGAGGGAACCGAGGACCAGGAGGCCUCGGAUGGUGAUGAGGAGCCCUCUUCUGGCAGUUCGCAAGACGCCAAUGCUGGCGCUGCCGGCGAUGCGUCUGGGAAGAAGAGAAAGAACAGGAAGAAGGGAUCCCAUGUUUCUUCCGGCCUUAUGAGCCCGCCUCUGGAGCCGAACGCUGAGGUUGCCCAGCUCCAUGCUCAGCUGGCUCAACUUACCGAUCUGGUUCAACAACUGGUUGUCGAAAAGACCAGAAAUUCUUCGGCGGACCAGGGUCGCAGUAGGCGAAGCUCCAGUGUUACUAAGGGUAACCCCAAGAUUCGCAGGACGUCCUCCGGAGGUGGUGGCGACGGCGAGACUCAUUACGACAGCGACGGCUUCUCCAUCCACGACGAAGACGAAGAACUCGACGACGACGACGACGACGCCGAGACGGCAGCAGCGGACGAGACAACCAAGGCGAAGCGCUUCAUGGGCGUGCCUUACCGACGCGGCAGCAAGUCCAAGUCAGACAAGGGCGAAAAGGGCGACAAGGCCAAAGACAAGCAUCAACAACAAGUAGGCGAAGAUCCAACCUCUGAGCUCGAACAUGCAGUCCUCAAGACUACUCCAAGGGAGGAAGAUGAGCAGACUGGCAACUCCCCCCAAAUUCGUGACGUUACCGCAGCUGACAACGAACGCACUCAACAAGAGCUCUUCGCAAUCGACAACGUCAACGUCAACGUCAUCAAAAAUGAAUCUCGGGAUUCCGAAGCUGGGGUUGAAUUCGCUCUUGGGCAGCAAGUCGUCAUCGAGCGCCAAGGAGAUGAGCACGCAGACGAGCAGUCCGGAGCCGAGCCCGCGGAACAGCUUCAGCAAGGACGGGGAGGAGGACGUUCCGGCCGAGGACAGACCACCGGACCCGUCCAAGUAUCCGCCGUCAGCCAGCAAGCCGGUCAAGAGCAAGGUGCGCCGAGCGAUGAGCGGCUUGUCGAGGACGAGGGGCGCGCCCAGUCUGGAACAGAUUCCCGAGACGGAGUUCGAGGACUCGGAGCUGGAGGACGGGGCGACUUCGCCUCCGCCGAAACCGGGCAUGAUCAAUCGCGCCAUGACGGGCAUGAAGAGUCUGGACAAGCUGGACUUCAGGAAGCCAAGGGCGUCGUCGGUGGGUGGGGAGACGGAUCAUCACAGACCCGCGACGGCGACGGAUGCGGAGUCGGAGUCGAUCAAUCAGGAGACUGCGUCGAUCACGCAACCGAAGGGGUCGUCGGCCAUGAUGAAGAGAGCGUUUUCGGGCAUGAUUCCUACCACAUCCAAGCCACGAGCGAGCUUGGAUCAGCAGUCCGAGACCGAGUCGAUUUCCGGAUCCACCAGGCCGAGCAUGAUGAAGAGAGCCGUGUCGGGAAUGAUUCCGGGAGCGUCAAAGCCACGGUCGAGCAUGGACUCGACGGCAGAGCACUCGGGCGAGCGCAAGAUGAGCAUGGGCUCAGCGUUCAAGAACUUCAGCAUGACGGGCAAGUCCCGGGAGCAGUCGAGGACACGAGAGCCGACCAGUCGGGGACCGAGCAUCGAUCUAGGACCACAGGAGACGGACAGCAUGGAAAUCAGUCCGCACGAGAGUCCAGCGUUGAGACCCGAAGUGUCGCCGGAUCCACACCCGCAGCCGAAGCCGGGAAUGAUGAAGCGAGCGUUGACGGGCAUGAACCCAGCCGCCUCACAACGGCCGGACAUGGCGGAGCGCCGCGAAUCCGAACCGGUUCUGGAGAAGGAGAAGCACAAGACGCUCGACCGGCUGACGUUCGGUAUGAUGUCAAGGUCUCACUCGACAUCAACGGGCAUGGGUACGCAGACUCCGGAUUCGGGGUUCAACAGCGCCGAACAGGACGUGCUGGAGCCAUCGAGACCGGGAUCUGGGUCGGGGUCUGGAUCAAGCUCGAUUCAUCACCACCAUUCGCAGCACUCGUCGGAAAAGAGCAAGACCAACAAGACGAUGAAGAUGCUGGGACUGGGCGCCUUCACCAAGAAGGACAAGCACUCGGACUUGGUGGACACGCCGCCGGAGAUGAGCAGACCCGGUUCGUCCGGGUCGUAUCAGGCAACGGCCACCGCCAAGCCCAGCAGGAUGGAUCGGACGAUCUCCGGGAUGGGCAUGUCCAGGCCCAGGAAGAGUAUAAGCCAAGAGACCCCUCCCCCGGACACGGACUCGAGACCGGGAACUGGAUCGUCAAUGCAGCCGCCACAGCAGCCGCAGUUCCCGCUGAGACCGGAUCCCAGCCCGGCGCCCAAGUCGAGAAUGGCCAGCUUCAACAAGGUGAUGACGCUGGGGCUGAUCAAGGACAAGAGCGACAAGACUCCUACGCCCAGCCACCACGAGCCGGACACAGCGACGCAGACGCCCAUGGAAUCGUCGGCGAGCGCGCACUCGAAUGGGUCGAGGCCGUCGAGCUGGAACAGCAAUCAGUUUCCCGAGCAACUGAUGCCAGAGGGAAAGCCGAGCAAGUCGCAGACGAGAAUGGGAAGAGCGAUGUCUGCGCUGAGCAUCCCGACAGGCAGCAGGACCAGUGUCUCCCAGGAGAGACCGGCAAGCUCACACCCGGAGACAACGACCAGUGCCAACCUGACGGAGCCGACGGACGUGACGGACGCGCACUCGCAUCACAGCCAUCACUCGAAUCAGACGACGACCACCACCACGACGACGACAGACAAGAAGGAAAAAUCAAAGAUGUCCUUCAAGAGCGUGGUCACCCUGGGCAUGGCGAGCAGCCAUCGGUCCUCGAGCAGUCGGAGACACAGCGUCGAGCACUCGUCCCAGACGCAGCCGCCAGCGAUACAACAGCCGCCCGUGAUGCCCAAGCUGGAACUGCCCAGCUUUGGACUGGGCGAUUCCCUACUGGGAUCUCCACCGGGGACAUCGUCGGGUCUGGGAACGCUCUCCCCGCCAGCGACGUCAUCGGGUGCUCCUCCUCCUCCGCUGGGGGGAUCGGUGUCAGCGCCGGGAACGUCGUACGGGUUCCCGAAUGUGGAGACACCGUCGUCAGAGAGACCACCAAAGGAUCCGGAGACGGCGAGCAUGAUGAAUCAGCCCAAACCGGGGAUGUUGGCGAGAACGAAGACGGCGAUGAGCAUAGGGAGUCGCAAGGACUGGAGGGACGAGUCGGAAACGACGGGGAUUGGAGAGGAGAAGAAGGAGAAGGAGAAGAAGGUGAUGAGCACGAGCGCCAAGGCGAAUUGGAAUCGGGCGCUGAAGGGCACGAAGGGGGUGGUGGGCAUGGGAAUGUUUAUGAAGAAGGACAAGAAGGAGAAGGACAAGGGGGUUUAGAAGACGCUUUGUCCGAGACCGGCGGAAGUGAGAAUGCAGUUGGAGGUUUGGGGAUGAAGGCUGGAGUUGAGAAGGUCACGGUGAGCCCAGCUUCACCUGAAGUCAAUUCUGAUGAGGAGGUAGAACUGCCAUCUUCUCCCUCGAUUCUACUUCUCUCUGAUGCUGCUGGGGAACAACUUGACGAAGCCGUUAUCAAGCCAGUUGAGCGGGACUUUGACCAGCAGCUUGAGAAAGACAACUCACUCAACCAUCAAGAGAUUGGACUGCCACCUUCUCCCCCUCCAGCUAUGUCCGAGAUUGAGCCAAUUGAACAUAUCAUCAUCAGUCAGCAAUUCCAAACCGACCCAUCUUCACAUGCAGUCAAUCCUGAAGAUGUCCAGCUGCCCGCCUCUCCUUCACCUUCAGCUGAACUCGCCGAAAGCGAAAAUGAGGCAAUUGAACAAGGCUUCAGCCAGCGAUCUCCCAGACACGCAAUGAACCCUGAACAAGUUUGCCGGCGGUUGAACAAGCCAAGCAGAGCACCGUGGAGCCUCUCUCACCGGCCACCACCACUGCCGACCGCGACCAGGACCAGAACCCUGACAAGUCUUGUGCUAAUCCAUAUGCUGCAGUUCAUUGGGCAGCAAUCGGACAUCCCACUUUUCACGCCUGAGGCUCAGAGGCACGAGGAACCCGGCGACUUGGUGCUGCCAACUUCUGAGGCGGCGACUAACCUUCGCUCGUCUUCUUCCCCACUCCUUCCUUGUCGUUCUUCCCGCUCUUCCAUGUCUGCUUCUGAAGAGCUUCCAUCCGAAACUACCUCUCCUAACCUUGUUUCAACUACUACCGCCGCUACUAUUGCUACAACAACUAUCGCUGCCACUACAAGCACUGCUGCUGCUGUCAACACCGCGUCGUCCCAGGCUACCGAAGCUAGUACUACUACCCACGAGCAUGCCCCGUCACACCGCGCGGCUGCUCGUUCUUCUUUUUCCUCCCCUUCUUCUUCACUUAGAAUGACCGAGCCUGAAGAAGUGGAGCUUCCUCCAUCUCCCUCAUCACCGGCGCCGCCGCACCACACUGCGCCUAGGCCUGAGGAGGUGGAGUUGCCGGCCUCGCCUGUUCCUGUCACUGUCACUGUCAACGUCAAUGAGGCUCAUCACCACCACCAAUUCGCUCAAGAUCUCGACGUCGACAACACCAAGCCUAAAGGCGAUCAGCACGUCGAGGAUGAUCCCAAGUCAGACAACGAACUAAGCCUUGGCCAGCACGCUGACCAACGUGGCCAACACCCUAUUUCCGAGAUCAGACCCACAGAUAUCCGACUGCCGCUCUCACCGAAGGUUACCCCUGAAGGUGUGGUGGAGCUUCCCGCCUCCCCUGAUUCAGAAUCCACACCUAUCAUCAUCGACAACGAGCAGCUGCAUUCUUCUCAUGGUGACGACGAACAACAACUUUUUUCUCAAUCACCACCCAAGGUCACCACCACUGCCGAUGCUCAUGCGCAACCGUCAUCCUUGGAGUCCCCUGCUGUUCUAAUGGCCGUCCCAAGCUCCCUGGACAUGCCACCACCCGAGGAUAUUGAACUGCCGCCCUCACCUGCUGAUGUGGAGCAUCGAGAGGAGGAGAAACCAAUCGUCGCCGAGAUUCAUGAGCAUGUCAAGUCACCUGUUACCGGUCAUCGAGAUGUUGAGAUUCCGACUUCUCGUGAGCAUUCGCCUGCUCAUUCGCCCGCGGUUGAAGUUUUUAAUUACAAGGUUCCCACUGAUGCGGCUGAGCUUUCUGAAGUGGAGGAGGAUUUUGCGUCCCAGUCGAAGCAGAAGACACUGGCUGAAGAGUUGGAGGAGCUCGAUGGGUCUGGGUCUCCUUCUCCUGAAGUUGAUAACCGAGAUGCGGAGCUUGUAUCUUUUACUGGACUUCCUAAGGAUGCAGAACUCUCAUAUGCACACUCAUCGCCCAUGGUCGCACCUACGGAUGUAGAGCUCCCAGCCUCACCUUCUCCCAAGCCUGAGACCAACGACCAAGACAAGGACCUCCCAAUCACAACCGAGUCCCACGAAGCCGUCGCCGAUGUCACAAUCCCAACUUGGACUUCGCCCACGGUCUCGCCCAAGGUCAAGCCAGAAAACAUCGAGCUUCCGCCUUCUCCACAGCGCCCUCAACUUUUGCCUUCGCCUAAUAUCGUACCCGGCUAUCAAUUCUCGCCUGAGCCUAUCUCUGAUGAUGAGGGACUACCGCUUUCGCCCGAUGAUGAGUUUGAGGAUGAUGAUGACGACGAUGGGUCGCCAGUUGAUGUCGAGCAAUAUGAGCGGAGCUUCAGUGAUGAUCCCCAGGAGGGAUUCGCGUCUUCGCCUGAUGAGGGAACAGUUGAUCAUGUUGAAGUCCAGCAUUCUCCUCCACCCCAAGGUUCACCCGCACCCGCAUCGUCGUCGCCAAGAAUCUCACCAGCGCAAGUGGAACUCCCCGCCUCUCCUGUCGAGUCACCCAAUUUCGCUCCUGCUUCAUCGUCCCCUUCGCCCAAGAGCACACCUGAGGACGCGGUGCUUUCGCCUGCGCUUGAGGCGGCAUUGGAGUUCACGCCUUCGUCGCCCGUGGAGCGCUCGGUUCCUUCGACUAAGGAUACUACUGCGUUUGAGGAAAGGGCUGUUUCGUCUGCACCUGCACUUGCACCUGCACCUGAGGAGGAAACCGUUCAAUUUGCGCCUGCGCCGUCGUCCGAGGUGCAACACCCAGCUUCGCCCAAGAUUUCAUCCGAAGAUGUGGGAUUGCCAAAGUCGCUUUUGCCUGAGGCCGAACAUGAAGAGACGAAGCUUCCGAUUACCACUGCUCGGCUGCCUGAGGAUGUGGAGCUGCCGAUGUCGCCCGAGGCUGAAGUCCCGACUCUCGCCCACGAAGUCACUCGGAGCCUUGGCGACUCUGACAACACUCACGAGGUCUCAUCUUCGCCCAAGAUCGCGCCUGCGGACAUCGAACUCCCGACCUCGCCUACACUCCCUGGAGAUUCUGGUUUGCCCGAGUCGCAAUUGACCGAGGCGGAAGUUGAAGAAGAGAUGGAUCUUUCAACAGCCGCUGAGCAGGAUAGCCAAAUCGUCGACGAACAAUCUGAUAAUGAUUUCGAAGUAUCUGCUUCGCACAAGAUCGUUCCUGAGGAAGUUGAACUCCCCUGCUCGCCUUCUUCGCCUGUGCCUGUGGAGGGCUUGAAUGUCAAUGAGAUUCAGCACUUGCAUUCUAGUCAGAUUAUCCCGCCGGGUGUUCAGCGUGCGGUUUCCCCUGCAGCAAUUCAUGAAGAGGUGCAAUCCCCGACUUUGCCUGAGGUUGUUCCUGAGGAGGUGGAGCCGGCUUCUCCUGUGAACGAGGCCACUCCUGAGACUAUCGAAGCCCAAAAAUCGCCUUCGCCUAUUGAAUUGGACGUCGCUGAGAUUCAGCACUUGCAUUCUCGUCAGAUCAUCCCGCCGCAUGUUCAGCGGGCGGCUUCGGCUGAGAUUGGUCCUGAGGAGGUUGAACUCCCAGAGUCGCCUCUUGAGGAUCGCGCAUCUGAAGAAGUUGAACUUCCCCACUCUUCCUCGCCCGGCGCUGAACUGGACGUGGAUGAGAUUCAGCACUUGCACUCGAGUCAAAUUCGUCCUCCACACAUCCAGCGUGCGGAUUCGACCUGGGGUGAAGUUGUUCCUGAGGAGGUUGAGCUUCCAAAGGCACCUGUGGAGGAGACCGUACCUGAACAGGUUCAAAUACUGGCUUCGUCCAAGGUCGUUUCUGAAGAGGUUGAGAAUCCAGCUUCAACAUCAUCUUCGCCUAAGCUCGCACCCGAAGAAGUCGAGAUUCCGCGCUCACCUUCGCCUGCAGAAAACCUGGAUAUUUCCGAGCUUCAACAUCAGCAUUCAACUCAGAUCAUUCCUCCUCACAUUCAACGCCCCCUAUCGCCUACAGCCCAGGCUCAGGCCGUUCCCGAAAACAUUGAGCUCCCUGCUUCGCCAUUGGAAAAGUUCACGCCUGAGGAAGUUGAACUGCCACGUUCAUCUUCACUAGUGGAGGCGGGAUUGGAUGUCGUCGAGAUGCAGUAUGAACACUCGGCUCAGAUCCUUCCUCUGUACGUUCAGCGUGCUGAUUCAACUUGGGGUGAGGUUGAUCCUGAGGGCGUUGAUCUUCCGACUGCGCCUCUAAAGGAGAUCACACCCGCAGAGGUUGAGCUUCCAGAUUCGCCGUCGCCCGUCAAAGAUGAAUUGGAUGGUGCCGAGCUUCAUUCUGCUCCCGAAGAAGUUGAGCUCCCAGCUUCUGAGCCUACCUCGCCCAAGAUCACAGCAGAUGAAACUGAGGCACCGCGCUCACCCUCGCCCUUUGACGAGUCCAAGAUUACUGAGCUUCAGCAUCUGCAUUCGGCCCAGAUCAUUCCCAGGAAUAUCCACUAUGCGACUUCCUCUUCCGGCUCGCCAAAGAUUACUCCGGAGGAAGUUGAACUGCCUGCUUCGCCUGUGGAGGAAGUGGACGUUGAUGAACUUCAGCAAUUCCACUCAAGUCAGAUCAUUCCUCCACAUAUUGAGCGCUCCGCUUCGCCAACUAUUGAGGAGGUUGUUCCUGAGGAGGAGAUUGAACUUCCUGCUUCGCCUGUGGAGCAAGUGGAAAUUGAGCAGCUGCAACAUUUGCACUCGCGCCAGAUUAUUCCUCCGCAUAUCCCGCGUUCCGCCUCGCCUUCUGUUGACACUCAACUUCCGGCCUCACCCAAGGUUACUCCUGAAGAGGUAGAACUUCCAGCUUCGCCUGAACUUGUCCCUCAAGAUAUCGAGCUUCCAGCUCCGCCAAUUGACGAGCCCGAACAAGCUGAACUUCCUAUUCUUACUAAGAAAUCCGAGGCCAGCGUUGAUCAACAAGUCGAUGACUUGGAUGAGGAGGAGGAUGCUAGGAUUGCCGCUAUUGAAAUCCCAUCCUCUCCUGAAGUCAAGCAUGAAGUUCAGCCUGAAGAGAUGGAAUUGCCUCUUUCGCAUGUUUUGAAGCCUGAGGAGGUUGAGCUUCCUGCCUCUCCCGAGGUUGUUCCUGAAGAAGUUGAACUGCCGGUUUCCCCGGUGGAUGGGUUGGAUGAGGAGCAGCUUCCAGUUGAGCGCGGCAUCAGUGCUGAGCACGAUAAUGGUCCCGAACAAGAUGUGCUGGAGAGGGCCGCUAUUGAACUCCCCGCCUCGCCAAAGAUUGUUCCUGAAGAAGUCGAACUCCCACUUUCUCCCAAGACAGCCCCUGAAGAGGUAGAGCUUCCCGCUUCUCCUGUGGUUGAGACCGAAGAACAGCCCACAACCGUCUCUGAGCCGUUCGAACGGAGCAUCAAUCUUGAAGCCGACAUUGCCCCACAAGAAGAGAUCGAGCCCCCGUUCUCUCCUGUGACAAAGCCUGAGGAUAUCCAGCUUCCCGCCUCUCCUGAAGUCGUUCCUGAAGAUGUGGAACUUCCCCUUUCUCCUGUCGUUGAAUUGGAACAUCAGCUUCCCAUUGAGCCUGUCAAUCUUGAGCUCCCAUCUUCGCCCAAGCCCAAGCCCGAGGACCUUGAGCUACCUCCUUCCCCUGAGAUUGUUCCCGAAGAGGUAGAGCUUCCCGCUUCUCCUGUGGUUGAGUUGGCAGAUGAACAGCUGCCAGUUGAGUUUGAGCCUUCUGCACGGGUCAUCGAAGUUUCCGAGGAAAACACCGAACUCCCGUCUACGCCAAUUGUCAAGCCUGAGGACUUGGAGAUUCCUGCUUCUCCUGAGGUGCUUGCUCAAGAUGUGGAACUUCCUCCUUCGCCUGUCACCUUACCCGAAGAUGUGGAACUUCCGCCUUCUCCAGUGGUUGACUUGGAACGUGAGCAGCCUCUCGAUCUUUCUCACGUUCAAGAGCAGCAAGGCGAAGAGCAGCUUGACAAGCACACUGCUCCCGAAGAUUCGCCCGUCCUUCUACCCAAAGACGUGGAGUUUCCGGCUUCACCUGCGACAGAAUCCGAGCCGGAACCGAAUGAACCUGUCCGACAGAGCUUCGAAUCGGACCUCUACUACGAUGCUGUUGACGGCAAGGGCAAACAACCCGCAACCGGUGCUGAGGAACUAACGCAACAGGGCGAUGCCGCAAAGACCGAUCCGGCACAGAAAUGGGAAAUGGUCAACAAUGUCGACGAUGUUGAUGAUCUUGAUUCUAUUGACGGUGCCGAUUCAGAGAUCUCGGAAAACGGCCUACUCACCGAGGUCCCAACAAGUAAGCAACCGAACCAACCAAAACCAACCCGAAAACGGGAAGAGGUGGCUGCUGCGAUCGAGCGAUCGGAAGAUGAUGCCCCCAUCAUACCUCGAGACCCUUCAAGUACUACUACUACUACUGGCGACGGACAUCAUGCUGACAUUCUCAGCCGCGAAGCAGAAGACAAUGUGGACCUUCGUCGGUCAGCUGGUGGGUCGCCAGUUCCAACUUCCACGUCGAUAGCAGCAGCCGCCGCCGCAGCAGGAGUAGCAGCACUCGCUGCGGCCACCGUAAAUGAGCUCCUUACAACAACAACCAAAGACGAUGAACCGGAACUGAGCGAGACCGUUGAGGUCCACCCCGCCGUUAAGGGCGCCAUCAAUAGAGGCUUCGAUGAGUACGAUUAUGCUACUGCCCUAUCUCCCACCACGGUCGGCCUCGGUCUUAUUGAGGACGCCCCUAUGGAUCUCUACCCUACGGAUGGGCCCUCUCCCAAGCUUCUCUCCGCUUCCACCUUCCCUCUCGAGGAAGCUGGAGACGAUGACGGCGAUUACUUCAACAACGUCGAGUUACCCGAGGGUGCUAUUCUCGAAGAACUUCCUUCCGAGGCGGAGGAGCCUGCUCGCGAGCACGUCAGCCACUUCACUCAUGACCCGCCCUCCGAGCCCGAGGAGCAUGAAGUCAAGAAACCGAGGAAAUCAAUCGACGAAACGCAAGGAUUUGAGACCCUAUUCGCUCCCCGCACGCCCAUGCCAUACGCCUCAACAAGGGAGACACUAGUUAAAGAACCUCCCAAGCCCGCUGCCCCGUCUCCGUCUACCGAACAGACACGCCAACCCCCCAAGCAGGCAGAGCCAGUCAGACACAAGCGCAUCAGGUCCACCGAGCCAGCACGCCUCAGCAACGAAGCCCUCGCAGCAUCCCUCUUACCACGCGCCAAAUCCUCAUCAAUUAGAAACUCGUGGCCCGCUUUUACUACUACUGGAAAAGCCAAAGCGCUCGCCGCUUCCUUCCUCGAGUCUUCCUCCAUCAACCGUGGCUCUUCCCCUGUUACGCCCCGCUUUCCGUAUUCGGCGUCGUCCAUGCACCAGCAGCAACCACCAGUCUCCGUUCUGCUCAAAGAACAAACCCAGCGCCAGUCGCGCGAACUCGCAGCCAAUUAUCUCGAGACAUUCGCAGACGACCGUAAAGUCCGAUCCAAAUCUCGACAGCGUCAGCCAUCUUUUUUUGGUGGACAUACGGCACCCAACGCCGCCAACAGGGUGGUGCCAGUGCCAGUUGAUUUGGAUUCGUUGGGAGAGACUAUCGUUCCUGAGAAAGAAGAGCCGGCUCGUCCUCCCUCUGUCAGUUCGGUAGACUCGAUGGGGUCGCCGACGGGUCAGGGACAGGCACAGGACCAGUCUAUGGCUUUGGAGAUGGCUGUUUCCUACCUGGACGAUGAAGGAGAGGACGUCGGUGCUGUUCCGAUGGUGGUAACCCCAGGGGUAGGAAUGGAAAUUACGCCUAGCCCGGAGAGUUCGCCUGGGUUGCAGCCGGAAGAGAAGGAAAGAACAAGGGAGCGCGAGGCCGAGGUAAAGGUUGCGCAAGAGCCUGAGCCGGAGCCUGAACCUGAACCUGAGCCGGCAGCAGAAGAUGAUGAACAUGAUGCUUCUCCCGAGUGGGGACGAGGAAUGUCUCUGCCUAGUGUGGAAAUUCAGCCCGCUACUCCUAGGGCUGUACUCGAAGAAGAGGAGGAAGAGGUUGAGUCUUUGUUUGACAUUCCGGUGCAACCUGUGCAUGCGCAUGAGGUUGAGACUCUGUCGACGGUGAUGGAGGAGUCGGAGCCUACUGAUGAGGAGGAGGAACCUACGUUGGCGCCGGCACAUACCCAUGAGGCGCCUGUUAUUGACAAGUCUGAACAUGAUGAGCGCUCUGCUUCGCCUGAGAUCCACGAGGAAUCUCAAGACAGUCCGUCGGUUGAGAUUGACUUUGAUGAGCUUCAGCGGUUGCAUUCACGACAAGUCGUUCCGCCUAACCUACAACGUCAAGUCCCGUCAUCGCCCAUAAUCAAGCCUGAAGAGAUCGAACUCCCUUCCUCGCCUGAAUUCCGCGAGGCAUCUCGAGAUACUCCAGCGGAUAUCGACAUUGUUGAGCUCCAGCAAUUGCAUUCAGGACAAAUCCUUCCGCCUAACCUACAACGUUAUAUUGCUGAGCUCCAACGGUUGCAUUCAAGACAAAUCGUUCCGCCUAACUUGCAGCGUCAGGUCCCGUUAUCGCCUGAAAUCAAGCCCGAAGAGAUUGAACUCCCAGCUUCGCCUGCACUUCACGAGGAAUCUCAAGAUACUCCAGGCGAUAUUCGCAUCACUGAGCUCCAGCAAUUACACUCAAGGCAGAUUAUCCCGCCUAGUCUACAGCGCCAGGCCUCACCCUCGCCUCCUCCCCAAAUCAAGCCCGAAGAGGUUGAGCUCCCUUCCUCGCCUGAUACCGCUGGGGAACCUCUACACACUCCCGCGGUUAUCGAUACUGCUGAGCUCCAGCAGUUGCAUUCAAGACAAAUCCUUCCACCUAAUCUACAACGUCAUAUCGCUGAGCUCCAGCGGUUACAUUCAAGACAAAUCCUUCCGCCUAACCUAGAACGUCAUAUUGCUGAGCUCCAACGGUUGCAUUCAAGACAAAUCGUUCCGCCUAACCUACAACGUCAGGCCUCACCCUCGCCUCCUCCCCAAAUCAAGCCCAAAGAGGUUGAGCUCUCUUCCUCGCUCAAAAUCCCCGAGGAACCUCAAGAUACUCCAGCGGAUGUCGACAUUGUUGAGCUCCAGCAAUUGCCUUCAGGACAAAUCCUUCCGCCUAACCUACAACGUUAUAUCGCUGAGCGCCAGCAGUUACACUCAAGACAGAUUCUCCCGCCCAGUCCACAGCGCCAGGCCUCAUCCUCGUCUCCUCCCCAAAUCAAGCCCGAAGAGGUCGAACUCCCAUCCUCGCCUGCCCUGAAGCCGGAGGACGUGGAACUUCCGAACUCCCCAGUGGAGGAAACCGUCCCUGUUGUCGCUACGGGCUUGAUUGCCGCUGGACUUGAGCUUGCUUCUGAGGUUUCGAAGGACAACAAAGAUCAUUCUGAUGAGGAGGAGGAUGAGAACGAUUCCGCACCUGCUCCUCUACAACCAGUCGAAGAUCACAACAGCAGACAUGUGGAUAACACGUUUGAGGACUUUUACCGUCCUGCCACGCCAAAGGUGUACCCUGAGGAGAUUGAACUCCCUGCUUCUCCCGAGAUCAUCAAGCCCCAGGAUAUCGAGUUGCCUGUCUCACCUCGGAGUGUUCCUGAGGAUGUUGAGCUUCCUUCUUCGCCUGUCAAUGAAUCUGAGGAGGUUGAGCUUCCUUCUUCGCCUGUCGAUGAACCCGAAAAUGUGCAAGUUGCCUCUGAUUCUGAGUCCGAGGCGGAUGAGCAAGACAUGACGACGCCAAUUAUUGAAGCUCAUGUUGCAAAGCCCGAGGAGAUUGAACUACCUUCAUCUCCUGCAAUUGUACCUGAGCACAUUGAACUUCCUUCUUCACCUCAGAUUGUUCCUGAAGAGGUUGAGCUUCCUUCUUCGCCUGUCAACGAACUCGAAGAUGCAAAGCUCUCCUCUGACUCUGACUCCGAGGCGGACGAAGACAGUACGCCAAUUGUUGAAGCUCAUGCCACGAAGCCUGAGGAGGCUGAACUGCCUUCUUCACCUCAACUCGUACCUGAGCACAUUGAGCUUCCGUCUUCGCCUGUCAAUGAACCCGAGGAUGCCGAGCUCGCGUCUGACUCUGACUCUAGCUCCGAGGCAGAUGCCACAAAGCUCGAGGAAAUCGAAUUACCAUCAUCUCCCGCAAUGGUACCUGAGGAGAUCGAACUUCCAGCUUCCCCUAUCGUCCAGCCCGAACAAAUCGAGGUGCCCGCUACACCCGAGCCUGAACAUGAGCAUGAGUUCCACUCUGAGCCUGAGCAAGAACCAACAACCCACCCUCUACUCGACUCGGAAGCGGAAUAUGAAGACGAAGAAGACGAUGACUACGACCCGCUAGCCGACCUCCUCCCCUCUCCGGAUAUGAGUCCUCCACAACACCACGAGCGCUACGAGCGGGAACUUCCGCAUCCGCAUCCACUCAUGAUGCACCCCGUCGACUACUCAGCCCCUCAACAACACGGGUAUGAAGAAUCAGAGGAGGUUCAUACCCCAGUGUAUACUGAACCGGUCGAGUUUUGGCAUUCGCCCGAGUUGAGGUACCAUUGCUCACCGGAGCUGAGAUCAGCGGAUCAAGAGUUUGCGUCUUUCCCUGAGGUCAAUCCCGAGGAUGUGCAGCUGCCUGCAUCGCCUGAUUAUGGUGCAGAGGAGGAGGAGGAGGAGGAAGAGGGUGGUGAAUUGUCUCGUGACGUCCCAGCAGACGAUGACGAAUGGGAGAGCGAAAGCGGGAGCGAAAGCGAGGAAUAUGAUCGUGAUGAUGAACAUCAAGUUCACCAGGCACAAAGCGUCGCAAUCGUGGCCGGCACCGUUGCCGUGCUUGGCGGCGCUGCGCUCGUCGCGAAUAGUUUGAAGAAAGAAGAGAAAGCGGAGGAACAGAUUGAUAGUGAAAAUGAUGAAGAGCGUGAGGAGACAGACAGUGAGGAUGAUGAAGAGAAGGAUAGAAGUGAGGAUGAAGACGACCAAGUCAAACCCGUCGCGGUCACGCGGAGUGAUGACAAGCGAGAAGACAGUGAGGAGGAAGAAUCGGACGGAGAGCCUGGUGAGAGGGAUAGACGGUCUGGAGAUGACCUUGAAGAAGAAGCAGAUGAAGAGGACGUAGAGGAUGUCCAUGGUGGGGACAACGAGGAUCUUCCCGAACCGAGUCUCGACCGCCAAGACUCCGAGACCGUUCCCAAGGCCAUCAGAGAAGGAGCGCCGAUGCCGUGGGCAAUGGAGAGCAAUCGUCGGGAAGAUUCCAGCUCGCCUCCCGUGGUUGAGCAACGCAGGUUUUCCUUCCCUGAUGACAUUGCGGAAGAGGAAGCAUUUACCGUCAGUCGCUCGAACACGACGAUUGAAGGCGGUGGUGACACGAAGCAUGGGGAAGGUCCGGCAGGCAGUCACGCGACAUCGGAUCAAAGUCAUCAGCAUCAACAAACGCCCAGCGCGCCCAUGUCCACUAUUUCAGACUAUGCGCACUCCUACAACAGCUUACCGACCUUGCAGGAGGAAGACUGGGCAACGGAUGACGACAGGAACAGGCACGACAAGGACGGCGAUUCACCUGUCAACAAAGCCAACAUCACGGGACUUUUCAGAUACGGGACUCCCAUCAUGGAUUCCAACCGUGAUAGCACUUUUACCGUGGCGGCCCGGGGCUCACCGCAAAUGUCCCGGUACGCAGUGUUCAACGAGCAGUAUCAUCAACAGCAACUUGAACGACAAGCUCAAAUCCAGGAGGAGGAUCUGCGCGAGAGAGGGGUUGAUCUACGGGAUUUUGCCAAUAGCCCAUCUGCCGGUAGUGAUCGGACCGAGACUGGCCCUUCGUCUCCUUUGAGAACUGCCGAGACUUCCAAGGUGCAGGAACCAGUGCCUGCGGGCCUCAAGGACAAUGUGGAAGUCGUCAAAAAGCAGCAUUCACCAGAACAAGCCAAGGGGGCAAAGAAGGAAACACCGCAAGACAAGCCUGAGCAGCACAUUCCCAAAACCUUGCCAGGCCUGGGAGUGGCGCUGAGGCCAACAGGCGCUUUGCGGAGCGUGUCGGACAUCAGCAAGCAGCUGCAAUCAGCACUUUCAGGCCAGUCACCAUCACCGGUUGCCCGGCCAAUCCCUUCGAACACUGGUGUUGCACGACUGCGCACUCCCGAACCAUUGAGUGCCACCGACAAUAACAACAACCUCAACUUGCGGCCUGACAGUCCAGGCAGCAGCAGCCGGUCUCACACAAGCACCCCCCCGCUCAGGCGGAUGGACAAGCGAGCCACUGGCAACCUGCGCUCCCUCUCCUUUGGCAGCCAACAGGAUGCCGCCGCCAAGUCGGCAUUCCUUGGUACACACGCAGAAGGGGAGGGAGGAGCCCCGGCCGAUGCUGAAGGGCCAGAUUCCAGAAGCAGCAUUGGCCCUGUCAGCCCAACAACCCCCUCGCGUGCUCAACCCCCCCGGCCUACAUCGGGAUCGUCGCCGACGGCUGCCCCUGCUGCCCCCCACCAAAGCCAGGCCCCAGCCACCCCUAGUCCUCCCCGGCCCAACACUAGCAGGGCCACCAGCGCUAGCAGCGUAGUCCCUGGUGCAGCUGCCCCUGCCCUGGCAUUGGGCACCAGCCCUGUUGCCGAUGGUGGUGACGACAACACCAACAACAACCUCGUCGACAAGGACAAGAGCAAAGACAAGCAGCAGCAGCAGCACAAACAAGCUGUGACAACGCCCAGGGCUCUUUCUGUCGCAUCUGCCACGCCCGUCGCCAAUGAAGGCCGCACCCGAUCUAAGGGGUCAAUGGAUGUGCCCGACGUUUAUGAUGGCUUAGGCGAAGGUCGCCUGGGAUCCCCGCGAUCACCUGCCCGCCCGCCCAGCUUGCGCAAACGACACAGUGCCCAGCUCAUUGACCUGGAAGCCAAACUUGCCCAAUUGAUGGCCGAGAAUGCGGCACUGCAAAAAGCCAAAAAUGACGCCGAAGCCGAACUGUCGCAACGCAAUGCCGACCUGGCCAGCAUCCUUGCCGACAAAAAUGUCGAGAUUGAGAACCUCCAGCGGGAAAUCCAAGAAACCCAAGAAACCUGCAACCGGCUUGAGGAAACAUAUGAGGGCCUGAAGACUUCCACCUCCGCCAUCGCUGUUAAGCACAACGAGACGGUGCGCGCUCUCGAAGAACAAGUCAAGAAAGCCGCCGAGGAACUCGCCGCCGCUCAAGGCAAUCACGAACAGGAAUACACCAAGGCCAUUGCAGAGAAGGAUGCCCAGAUCGCCCACCUCCGCGCCCAAUUGAACGCUCAAACCGCCCAGAUCCGCGAGCUGCAGGAGCAAAUCGAAAGCCAACAAAUUACCCGGUCACCGGAACCCACCGCAACAGACGACUUCCUCGACCUCCACGACGUUGACUACUUCGACCAGCGCCUAUCCCAGCUCUGCGCCCACGUCCAGCAAUGGGUCCUCCGCUUUUCCAAGUUCAGCGACAUGCGCCACUGCCGACUGACCUCGGAGAUCAACGAUGAGAAACUCAUCGACCGGCUCGACAACGCCGUCCUCGACGGCUCCGACGUCGACGUCUACCUGGCUGAUCGCGUGCGCCGCCGCGACGUCCUCAUGUCCAUGACCAUGACCAUGAUCUACGAAUUCGUCUUCACCCGCUUCUUGUUCGGAAUGGACCGCGACCAGCGCCAGCGCCUCAAGUACCUCGAGAAACAACUGUCGGAGACCGGACCCGUGCACGCCGUCCGCCAAUGGCGCGCCGUCACUUUGACUCUGCUCAGCCAAAGACGCAACUACAAGAGUCAACGGGAUCGCGACACGGAAGCAGUCGUCCAAGCUAUUCUCGACGCAUUGGAUAAGAUCCUCCCCCCGCCCUCGGACAAGGAAAAAGUCAUUUUGGACCAACUGCGCCGUGUGGUGCGGGAAGCAGUCAAGCUCUCCAUUGAAAUGCGAACCCAGCGCGCAGAGUAUAUCAUGUUGCCUCCUUUACAGCCGGAGUACGACGAGAGCGGGGAGUUGGUUGAGACGGUGAGCUUCAAUGCCGCGCUGAUGAAUGAAAGGAGUGGGGAUGUGGAUGUGCCGAGUCCCGAAGAACUGGAGAGGCAGAGGGCUACGGUCCGAGUGGUGCUGUUCCCGCUGGUGAUCAGAAAGGGGGAUGAUUGGGGGAGGGGAGAUGAUGAGGUGGUGGUUUGUCCGGCGCAGGUGUUGGUGCAGAGGCCGAGGAAGCAGAGGAGUGCUGCGGGUGGGAGGGUUGUUAGUGGUCAGAAGGCGCGGGAGCCGGUGGCGCAGGGGAUGAAGGCGGGAGAUGAGAUGAUGGGUGGGAUGGGAAGUCAGGUUUGA